AUGGCGCACGGUGGGAUCUGCAUCCUCCUGGUGGUUUGGGUGAUGUCAGCAAGUCAUCUUCGCUUGGUAACAUGCACCGAAGCUGCCAGGUCCCCAGACGAACUCCCGUCUUCCCCUCCAUCCAUCCCUCUAUCCUCUAGAGCCACCACUUUAGUUCAUCCUCCAUCAUUAGAGUCACGUAUCAGCUCCGUCGUCGUUGAUGCAGUUCCCAAGGGCGCCCUUCAACUAAUCGAUGGUGGAACUGGCUUCCAAGGAAUCUUGCGGAUAUUCCACAAUGCAGCAUGGGGAACGAUCUGUGCAACUGGCUGGGACUUCAACGCUACUCAAGUAGCAUGUCGGCAACUAGGAUACCCCGGGGCAGCUCUUUCGUCUAUCCCGUUUGAUAUUGCGCCACCGAGCGGUGAUGUGUGGCAUAAUAAUGUGAAAUGCCGAGGAGACGAGGAGACAUUGGAGGACUGCCAAAGCGAAGGAAUGGUCGCAAGGACGGACUGCCUUCAAGGAGCAGGACUCGUGAAAAUACAAUGUCAAGUAUCAAACUACCUAGGAUGUAUUGCCGUGGAUCACUGGUCGCCCGCCCUCACCGGCAAGUCCCAACCCAAGGAUCCCGACGACCUCAGUGUUGUUUCGUGUAUAGAAAAAUGCCGCAUGGGUGGCUUCCCGUAUGCCGCGGUCCAAGCACCAUCUUCCUGCGACUGCGGGACGUAUGGAGAGAAGCCUACCCAAAUGGAAGGAGAGCACCUCGAAAAGUGCAACCUCUCUUGUCCUGGAGGGGACAUGGAGAUAUGCGGUGGCCCAUCCCAUGCCAGCGUAUACGACGUUAGCCAAGGAAGUUGUGGAGGCAAGACGAUGGGUAAGAACAUCAGCAUCGUCUCUCCAGGGUUUCCAGGGAAGUACUCUGCGGGCUUCACCUGUCGUUGGGAGGCCACAAUCACAGAUAAUUCCUUUACCACCGUCAGGAUGCCUGUUCUGAGCCUCACCGGCGGUGAUAAAGUGGUCAUUACCCAAGGUGGGGAAACUCGUACAGUGGUGGCAGAAGAUACUUUUGAAGAGACCGUAGUUGAAGGAGUUACCAAGGUGACCGUGCUCUUCACGUCGGAAGCCGACUCGGCAGGGGCAGGAGGGUUCAUGUUAACGUUCACAGAUGACAGUUACUGCCCUCCUGCGGAAAUUACCAAUGGUAGUCUGCUGGUCGAUGACGUCAUGUAUCGGCCAAGGGAUAUAGUCGAAGUGCAGUGCGACCCCGGCUUCAUGCCCUAUCGUAAAUUUACCACAUGCUCAAAGUCAGGCGAUUGGUAUCCAGAGCCUCGGUGUAUUGUGUACAAUAAAUGGAACUCUUGGGAAUUUAGAAGAACGAUACUAUUUAUUUCAUUGAUUGCUGUAUGCGUCUUAUUCUUGAUGUUCAUGCUGACUAUAUGCUAUCUGUUGUGUGGAGACACUAAAAAGAAACAUGAUGGCAGAUAUUACGGGAUCAACACGGACAGUGGAGAGCGGCAUACUCAUGACGGGGAGACCAGCCCGAAGGAGGAGUACAAGGCGGUAGGAAUGGAGGAUGCAGGAGACAUAGACGAGGAGGGCCGGGAAGCAGUCAUUCCGCUAGCUUCUGAGGUCGAUGUUUAGUGUUUGCAUAGCGAGGUUUCUGUCAGCUUCUCGGCGACCAGGCUUGUGCGCCAAUGCCAACGAUCAGCUUGCUACUUGGCUAACACAGUAUGAGUUCACAUAAUGUGCUUUCUAUUAUUUUACCAUGGUAUAUCUCGGACCAACAAGCUCACCCUGAGAUUAUUCUCUUCGGAUGUUGUUCUGGAUAGCUGGCCGUGAUGGUCCAUGACCCAUGUAUGUAAGGUGGUCCCAGAGUACGAGAUAUGACAGCUUAUGUUAAUGGUAGAUUUUGGUGAUUCCAUGCUAGAAAAAUUUAUCAGCCAUUUUCGCAACAUUUUUAACCCUACUGUCCAAACAAUCGAAGAACUUCACUUUGUUUUGUGGUAAUAUUAAAGUACUACUGGAAAGUCAUCUGAAAAAACUCUCUUUUAGAGUGUAACAAUGGCCCACCAUCAUGAGAGCGAGGUUACAUGUAUAUUUCUAUUAUGAUAUUGAUGGAAGCAGAUGAAUUCCUCACGUGCAACCUGCUCAAAGUCAAAAUAAUGCAAGCACUGCGCAUGCAAGGCGCCGGAAGCUAGGGUAGCAUUCAAUAGCUAUUUUUUUGUUAUUAGAUGAUUAAAAGCUUAAAUCAAUUGUAAUAGUGUUGUUGUUGAUAUAUAUCAGAAAAUACAAAUAUGAUUUUAGAUUAGAGAUUUGAACAAUUAUUAGAUUAUCGUAGCUAUAUCUGCAUUCAUAAUCGCGAUUAUUGAUGUCUCAAUAUGUCAUAUUUGUUUCUUAUGGCUGGAAUAAUUGUCAUUUCUGCUGCCAAAAUAUUGGGGCGAUUAAGAUUUAUUGUUGAUGUGAAGGUGAAAAUCUCAAGUGUUUAUACUGCCCUAUGUAAAUAGUUAUACUUGGUUCUUUCUUUUUAAACUGGUUCCUCUCUCUCCAUUUAAUUCAAGAAGUGACAUGUAUAUAAUGUUAAGCGGGAUGUGUUUAAAAAAUAGACACUGUCUAUAAGGGCUCAUGCCUUGAAAAUGGCGUCGAGACUGCAUAAUGAUGAGUAUCCUGCGAACGUUUCUAAAUCACCGAUUGUUUUCAUUUUCAAAGGUAUAAAGUAGAGCAAUACAAAUAUCUUCACAUUUCAUUAAGAAGAUCCGGUAUCGAGUAAAGUUAUAGUUUUUCUUGUAACAUCCUUACUUUAAUCUGUAUUCCAUCAUGAUCUUACGGUGUUACUCUGUAGGCUCUAUGGUUAUAUUAUUUUCCUGCAAUGCGUGUAUAAGGUCCCCAAUUCUCUUACAUUAAGAUAUUUGAUACGGGGAAUGCUAAACGUGCAGGGUUGUGAUCUUAAAGUCAAAGUGUAGAUAUAAGAUACAUUUAUACAAAGGAAAUAUAUAGAAAUUCAUAUACAUGUAGGUGUGGAAAUAGACUCUCAUGUUUUGUCUUUGACGUUUUAGAAACUUGUAUUUAGAAGAUGUAUAAACUGGAAAACAUGCCUCUUUUAACAAUACCAGUGUGAAUUAAUGCCUUUUAAAAUUACAUAAAAAAAAGACUCGUAUGGAAGGUUUGGCAAACAGUGAUGGAUCAAAGGGGGAAAAAUGGUGCUAAAAAAUAGUACUUUGACCUAUAUAUCUGGUCAUUCGAUAGUUGUGAUAAAGAUAAUACCCUAGAUAUUUUACGUUUAGUAACCAUAAUUAUUUCCUGUAUAGCUAUGUUACAACGAGAAUUUUUUUGUCGAAAACAGUCAUAGUGCUUUUUGAACGUAGCGAUGUUAUGACUUAACUCAGUUAAAAUAUAAAGAGGUGGAUCAAAAUAUUGAAAUUUUUAACAAAAUUAACUAAUUGAUUAGAACGAUGCGUUUCAUGCUGCAAUGUUUGUUACCAUUCUGCACACAAUCAGGAGAGCAUUUCAUUAAACGGGAUGUCAGAGGUUUUAUAUGACAAGGCCUAUUUUAUCCGACAGUUCCCAUAGUAUUAUUGCUUCUCAGCCAGUCAAAAUCAAGGAAAGUUGUCCGAUCCGAAAACAAUUGUUGGACGGAAAUAUUGAUAGAAUGCCAACCAAGGAAUGAAAACAACCACGUUUUGUAUACCUCUUGCGUUACAUUUUUUUAUACGUGUGUGCUUUGGUCAAUUUUAUACAAAGCAGUUUAUCUUAAAUCAAAAAAAAAAUACGCACAACACACGAUAGAACUGCACUUAAGAUUGUAUUUGAUUAGGUUUAAAGUGGGCGUGGCUGUUCGUAAAACUUGACACGGGAGAGCUAAUUGCUGAAGCAUUAAUAUAUUGAAAAUUCUUAAAUAGGGUAUUAUUAAAUGCCGUUUAGUUAUUGUAGAUGUUAUUUAUUCAUAUACCUUGCAUUUUAUACAUUUUGUUGGAAUGUCGGAAUUUAUUAAAAGCUAAAUAUUUUAACGAGAUUUUAUGGAAUAAAAGGGAAAAAAUAUUAAGAUUUUAUACGUUUUUACAUGAUUUCAGAUAUUUUCUUUUGUUUUUCAGAUGUAAAAAUUAUUUCAUGAAAAACUAUUACUCUUUGUAUAUAUAUUUUUUUUAUUUGGGGUAGAAUUUCAAUGUGUUUCUAUUUCUUUGUUAUAUUUCUUGUUCUUCCAACCUAGUAGGCACAACGUGGGACUACACUGUGAAAGCUAAAGUGCUAAGAUUAACACCAGUCAGUGUUCUGACAGGACCAUACGAUGAGGUGAACACCGAAUAGUGCUAAAAUAACAUACGCAAUCAGUUCUCGUGACUUUUCUUAGUAGGGUCCAUGGUGAGAUAAAGUUAUUUGCACAAUGAUAACACCAACGGUUUAAUCAAUUUAAUACUGGUAUAGAAUGAUUGGUGUAAUACUCCCAGAACACCGACUGGUUUAGUUCUAACACCAUUGAUUUUGCAGUGUAUGAACUCUUGAAAAAGAAUAUAGUUUAUCCUGAAAUAUAUACCCUUUCUAGUCUUUAAGU